AUGAAACUGUCUCCUCCGGCAGAGGACGAUUUCGUCUUCGUAAAUGUCUCGCGUCCCGACGAAUUCAAGUCUGCGUCAACACAGCGCACCAUCCGGCGCCAUGUCAUGCGCGACAUUGGGAGAUCGCGUCGUCGCACCCGCCCGGGGCAACGAACUUGGUCCGUCACCCUACGAGCCCCUUCAGAUCCAGUCGCAGAGCACAUCCCAGUGUCGAUUGACCCAUGCAAUACGACGUUUUAUCCCGGCCCUAUGAGCGACCGAGCGCUACAGCUCAUGCACUUCAGUAUGUCCCUGCAAAUACCAGCGCCUCCUCGACCUUACCUAUCUGACCCGCGUAGUGACUACGGACCGCGACUACGUGUUUCGCUCGACAUUGCGGGUAGCGUGAUGGAAGACUCCCGCCCACGGUUGCCUACUCCGCCGGGAUUUGCAUCCCAAGUCCCCAAUAUUCCGUCUCCCACUCUUGGGAAACUUCUUGGGAACCUUGUUGCAAGAUAUGAUUACUACAGCGACAUCACGACAGCCUUCAGUUAUGCGAACUUUAUUGUCCAAUACACGGACGGGUCCCUUCGUCGUUCUGAGACAGCCUGGCUAAACGAGGAUAACCUCACUGUAAUUGAACUGUUUGGGCCAGCCACACAUUUCCUACUUUGCAUGUCGAGGCCGACCGAGAUAAGCUCUAGCGCAACAGACAUACCAGUUCUACAGCUACGCGAAGCACUCCGGCUGGUGCUAUUACUAUUCCUUGGCACGUUGAAGCAAGCAGUCUUUCUCUUUACCGCCCACGAAUGCGAAUAUCUGUGGUGCAAGUUGUCGACACUCAUUUCACAGAUUGAGAAGGCCAACUAUGACGACUCUUGUCUGAAACUGUAUCUCUGGGUUCUCGUCAUAAUGUCUCGACUCUCUCAUUCUAUCCAGUCAUCGAUGUACCUUGACGAUAUCAGUGCUGUUCUGAACCUCCUAGGCAUGGGUAGCAAGGAAGGCCUAGAUCUGGUCAAAAGUAUCAUGUCAAUCGACAUUCUGGAUGGCUAUCUACCCUUCCUCCCAGCGCUAGAGACCUCGGGUUCAUAA